GACGUUAGUACGCUACGAUCAGAUCAAUGUUUCCGUUUUAAAGGUGAGUCGAGUUUCGAUUAUCGAAUACGAAUACUGUGAGUAAACGAAAAUUUCUUCAAUGAAUUAUCGUUAAAUCCGUUAAUAUUUCAGGAUGAUCUUCCCGAAUUUGAAUUAUAUCUUGCGCCUGCGAUUAUAAGUGGUCACAAUACUGUCAUGGUCACGAAAGUUGAUGAUCGUUUGAUGAAACAGUACAAUAUAAGGUAUGUCAUAGCGUAUUGUAUUUUUCAGGUGGGCGGGGGGGGUUAUAUAUUAGUCCUGGCGGUAAUAUGCAUAGUAGAAAGGAAUAUAUCGAUUAUAGGCAAUAAUGAUUCGCGCUUUUUUAAUUAACAAGUCAGAUUUUCCGCUAUUGGCGUCACAUUGCCUGCCAAACUUUCAGCUUCUUCUUUUAAAAUUUUAAAAAGAACAGUAAGAUAGACUAUGAAAGCCAAUGGACAACUCGGUCGACAACUGGCCUCUGUAGCUCAGUUGAUUUGAGCGCUCCAACGGCGGGUGUAGCGGAAUGAUCAUGUUAAAAAUAGAAAUCAGAAAAGUAUUACUUGAGCUAAUAGCGAGCUUAAACAAGCGACGUUUCUGGCAAAACGGACGUCAGAUUACCGAGGGGGGAACUGGAUUGAAUACUGUGUUUGUAUCAGUUUGUGGUACUCUUCAAAACAUAUGACAAAACAUAAGAAUUUUAAAGUUUUUUUUGUUUUCUUACACGAGCUCUAUGAGGCAAAAUGCCAUCACAAUUAGUAGUAUGCCAAUUUUGGGGUGACAUAACAUCGCUUGCUCAAGUUUCAAAAUUUUUCAUGGAAAUCUAUUCCACAGGAAAUACGAUGAUAUUGUCUCCGUGAAUCAAGAAAGUGUCGUCGGAACGGAUGUUGAGAAAGUCAGAAAGCUGUUGGAGGAAGCCGAGACUGAUUUGAAUCUGGUAUGCAGGAGUGAAUACAAUUCCACUUAACUUGAUAUACAGAUUUGGAUUUAUUAACUUUAAAAUCAUAGAAAAGUAUAACAAUGAUUGAAGGUAUCAUCAACAGGACAUGAGUCCCAUGUGAAGACCAACAACCUAUAGACAUACAUUAAAGACAAGGACUAGAAUACUAUUUACAUAACUAUAUAAAAAUUAAUAGGUUAGAUUAUGAGCAACAGCUUGAAGUUGAAAGGACGGCAUUUAGAAUUAGAGCAGUAGGUUUUCCGAGUGCGCAUUCUGUUAACAUCGAAAGAAGAGUCUAAUUGAGAAGAGUAGUGGAUAUGGAGCUGGAGCUUAAAGGAAGAAACAGAUGAACUGUUACCAAGGAUCGGGGAGAGAUUGUUCCAUAGAAAGAUAAUUCGGUUAAUUAUAUAUAAUUUAAAAAAAGAGUUUCUAAAAAAGAGUUUCUUCAUACAGACGAUAAUGUCGUCCCUCGAUCCACUAUCUCGAUCAUAUUAAAUGUUUCGUUUCGUUUUAGACAUUGCGAAGAUACAAGACGCCUUGUGAAAUCACAUUUGCAACAGAAGUGCCAAUUCCAAAAAGAUCUAAAUUGGGUAUGAAUAAUAAUGUUGUAGUUUUAACAACUAAAGUGUAAUUUAAUUGUUUGCAACGAGUUCAAUAGUAUUUCUAAAUUCCGAAAGUAUUUUUCUAAAUUUAUAUCCAGGUUUUGGAGUCCAGUGGGGAGUCUAUAUCAAACAACUUGCUUCAGGACUGGCAAAAGAAUCUGGCAAUGUCGAGACUGGGGAUUAUAUUAACACAGUAAGUUUUGUAUAGAGAGAGUUUUGAAUUUUUUCUAUCUUAUUUAUACGUAUUUUUAUGUAGUUUUUCUUUUCCUCAUCAAUUACUUGCUUUUUUAGAUUAAUGGAAAGAAUCUUUCGAAAAUUUUGUCCUCGGCCUUGGAUAAAUAUUCAAAGCGAGGCGAAAAGAUGUGUAUGGAAGUUACAAGGAAACUAUCACCUUCUGUUUGGAAGGUAAGAUGGUCUAGACUAACUGUAUUUAUACUGGAUAUCUCUAUCGGUUCUAAACUGUUCUUUCUAGAGGUCCAGUAAGGAACAUCUCUUAUUAAUCCAGUGUUACUACAGGAGAAAAUCUAAUCUAAACUAAACUAACUUUAUUUAUACUGGAUAGUGCUAUCAGUUCAAAACUGCUCUUCCUAGAGGUCCAGUAAGGAUCAUCUCUUAUUGAUCCAGUGUUACUCCAGGAAGAAACCUAAACUAAACUAACUUUAUUGAUACUGGAUAGUGCCAUCACUUCUAAACUGUUUUCCCUAGAGGUCCAGUAAGGAUCAUCUCUUAUUGAUCCAGAGUUACUACAAGAGGAAACCUAAGCUAAACUAACUUUUGAUUUAUACUGGAUAGCCCUAUCAGUUCUUCACUCUUUUGUGCUUCCCACGUUAUGAGUCAUGCUGUGUAUCUAUAACUAAACAGACAACGGCAAAAUCUAGCUUAUCUAUUUGUUCGCUAGUGCCCAUGCCACUACAAUGUGAUGAGAAAGAACAACGUCAUAUUACGUGAAAAAUACCCAAAUCGAGACUCGGUCAUCUCGAUCGAAAGCAAUCAUUCAUUUGCCGGCUCAAGUAUAAGCUCUAUCCCAUCAUACAUUUCGAGUAUUGACUCCGCCUCCGUUUGUUCUCCAACAACUGCGUCAGAAAGCGAAGGCCAUUCGAAGACGGACCGAAGGUUUCCCGAUUCUUACGCGAUGGAAACAGGAGUUCCGCCUACAAUUGCCGAAGAGUCUUCAACAGAUGAUAGCGUAUUUCAUGCGGCCAGAGGACGCAGAGUCCGAAGCAUGACUUACUUGGCAAAACCGAAGCAUAUAAAGAAGGUAUUCUAAACACAUUAUUUUAGCGAAGCGAAGGUGGACCGCUGUGGUUAGAGCGCUGUCUCUUGCCGCUGAGUUAAGCCUGCUACUGUAGGUCGAGGGUAGGGUAUUACUUUAGGAAAGCAAAGAUGACAGAUGUAGUUAGAGUGCUGUCUCUUACUGCUGAGUUAAGCCUGCUACUGUAGGUCGAGGAUAGGGUAUUACUUUAGGAAAGCAAAGAUGACAGAUGUAGUUAGAGUGCUGUCUCUUACUGCUGAGUUAAGCCUGCUACUGUAGGUCGAGGGUAGGGUAUUACUUUAGGAAAGCAAAGAUGACAGAUGUAGUUAGAGUGCUGUCUCUUACUGCUGAGUUUAGCCUGCUACUGUAGGUCGAGGGUAGGGUAGGAUAUUUAGGUGUAAAAUUUAGGUGUAAAAUUUAGGUGUAAAAUUUAGGUGUAAAAUUUAGGUGUAAAAUUCAGGUGUUACAGCAAUCUCGUUACCCGAGCCUCUCAACGAUGGCUCUGGGUACGAGAUUGUCCAACGUGUUGAUAUUAUUAAAUGACUUUUAUUUCUUUUAUUGUUAGCAAGAUUCUCUGACUAGAGCUCAGUCUCUUGCUCAUUCUCUCAACUCGGACACCAGCAGUCUUCGUCCUCGAAGUACGUCGCGUUCGUCUGCAACAAUUUGUAGUAAUGGUAGUAUUGUGUCCGUGAAACAAGCUAGACCGGUUUCAGCAGCAAUUCAACCUGUUACAUUCACCGUUCCUGUAUCAAAAGAAAGGUACGCUUGUGUUUUUGUGUUUUACGGGUUAUGAUUUUUCAAGCUUUCCAAACCGACGACGACAACGACAACGACAACGACAACAACAACAACAACAACAACAACAACAACAACAACAACAACAACAACAGCAACAGCAACAACAACAGCAACAGCAACAGCAACAACAACAACAACAACAACAACAGCAACAGCAACAGCAACGAAGUCCGACAACAACAACAGCAGCAACAACAGCAACAAGAACAGAAAUUAACAACAAUAGCGACAGCAACAACACCAUUAACAGAAACAACAACAACAACAACAACAACAACGUACAGCAACACCAACAGAAGCAGCUACAACAACAACAACAACAACAACAACAACAGAUACAGAAACACCAAAAAACUGUGCACUUAACAUCAACCAUUCUUCCUACAGAUCUCGUGUUGUACGUUUGGACAAACGUUCAGAGGAAUGUUUAGGUAUGAAGAUAAAUGGUGGGAACUGUGCUGGGAUUUACGUCACUGGAUUUAAGAAACAAAGUCUAGCCGAAGAAGCUGGAGUCAGGAUUGGCGAUCGCUUGCUGCAGGUGAGAGAAUUUGUGAACUUAAUCAACGCUAGCUUAUCCUGGCACGGUGAUGUCAAGAAAACCUGUCCAAAACUUUUUCACUUCUGACUACAACAGCAAAAACAAUGAAUAUCUUUCAUUAACAAAGUUCAAGACAAUAUUUACUUGUUACAGUGAAAUUCCUUGGUUAUUUUAUAGUUGAACAGUUACACAGUUAGUCAAGUUACGUUGGACUACGCAACGAGGAUAUUAAGAAUGUUAAGGAAUUGUAACUACAUUAGAAUGGAAGUCCAAAAUUAUACAAGUACGUUUUUAAAAUACGUUUGUAUACGGAGAUCUUAUAACCUUGGUAAUUUACAAGAUAACUGUUACUGUAAUUGUAUUAAAGUAUUAAUAUUACGUGUCAUUUCGUUUUCACAGAUGUCGACGAUGUUUUAAAAGAAGGAAUACUAGAUUCACUUUACGUGAGGUACUAACUCUAUUUAUACUGGAUAGUUCUAUCAGUUCAGAACUGUUCUCCCUAUAGGUCCAGUCAGCAUCAUCCCUUAUUGAUUCAGUGUUACUACAGGAGGAAGCAUAAAUUAAACUAACUCUAUUUAUACUGCAUGGACAGAUCUAUCAAUUCAGAACUGCUGUUCCCAGAGGUCCCGUAAGGACCAUCCAGCUCUUAUUGAUCCAGUAUUACCACAGGAAGAAACCUAAACUAAACCACAGUGACUAAACUAACUUUAGUUAUACUGGAUAGCUCUAUCAAUUCAGAACUGUUCUUCCUAGAGGUACAGUAAGGAUUAUCUCUUAUUGAUCCAGUGUUACUACAGGAGGAAACCUAAACUAAACUAACUUUAUUUAUACUGGAUAGUUCUAUCAGUUCUAAACUGUUCUUCCUAGAGGUACAGUAAGGAUCAUCUCUUAUUGAUCCAGUUAAUAACCACAGGAAGAAACCUAAACUAAACUGACUUUAUUUCUACUGGUCAACUCUAUCAGUUCUGAAUUGUUCUCCAUAUAGAACAACAUUUAUUUUUGUCUAUAAGCAUUUACAGUCUUUAUCACACUCAACAGGAAAGAAAUGCAUAAUUACAUAACACCAGUUGCUUAAAUAACCAUAAUGGCCACGAUAUUUUAUCUCCACAGAGCACGAGUAUCUCACACUGCGAAGAGCCCCACAGAGUUGACCUACAGUAUCGGUGACAAAUUGCGGGUGACAAACACGAGAGCAAACUACGACCCUGCCAAGGAGACAUGGCAGUGGCAUGCUGUCCGAGAGAGACCUGGGGAGGACGGUACAAGGAAGGAAGGCCUUAUCAUCGCAAUGAAUUAGUAAGUGAAUGAAAUUAAAAUUUAAGAGGCAAUUUUCUUCAAUGUCACGUAUUUGCAAUGAAAAGUGUUCAAAACCUAAAAUCUUUUUGGCGUUCAUCUCAAAAUCACUUUGUUUUGGCUUUAUUCUCUAGUUUAAACAGUUAGCUACCUUUUUAAAUGCAUCUGCCGGUUGAGAAACAUAAAAUAAUAGUUAAAAAUUGUCAAUUAAAAUACAAUUAUCAAUGCUUUAAAAUUGACGCCAUAUUUACAGCCAUAUAAGCAAAACUUAGCGCGAACUUCAGACAUCAUUUUCCGGCUUUGGCGUAUCAUCUAAAGUCUAGCUCUUCAUUUUAGCAUUAUUUUACAGAUAAAGCACUAAACAUACUUUUUAAGUUUGUUUGCCGAUUGAGAAACGUAUCGAAAAAUAAAAAUUUUGAAUUUAGUCAUAACCUCAAGUGGUAUAUUAAUACGCAUUAGUUUUGAGCGCGUGUUACGUUACAUACAAAAAAUCUCUUAAAACCCUUCAGCUAUUUAAAAACAGCACUGAUACUCAAGAGAAGCUCAGAUUGAACCUCCACUCAUUGAGUGUGAGUGAGCUUUUAGAAUACGGGCGUAUAUUUGCUUCACUGUAUGUACUCAUAUUUCUGACAUGAAAGAAAAUAAAAUCAGUUUAAUAGUAUAUCUUCUACAUACAGUUCACCGGAAUUGGACGACCAUAGUUCCCCAAGCAAAAAUGUCUCCACGACACGGGAAUCGGAAGGAGACGACGCCAGCAGCGUGUUCUCUGAUGACAGUUUAAGAAACAAUCAUCGUCGAACGAGGAGAAACUCUUCGGAAAGUUUGGCGAAACUGAGACGAUAUCGCACUUCGAAAUGGAGAUCAAGUAUUGAGAGUUUAGGAUCUGAGACUGAUUCACAAACUGAUCGUAAGUUCAUUAGUUUGAACUAA